AUGGCAGAUCCUUCAAUUAAAACAUUUCAAGUCUUGUACACGAAACAAUUGUACAAGAAACAACGAUCCUACUCGGAUGGAUUUUUGAAAUUUAAUCCCGAAACCAAGGCAAUAACUUUGCUGGAUGAGAAGAAUAGCAAAUUGGAGCAUACGUAUCUUCAUUAUUGUGAUGGAGAUAUUCCAACGAUUGAGAGUGGAGUCGAGUUUCAAACAAAAACAUUUAGAAUUCAAGUAGAAGAUGAAAUAGGAGGGAGUAGUAAUAUUAUCAGCAACAACAAUUCAACAACAACAGUAUCAUCAAAGCCUUCUUCUUCCUUCACUUCAGCAUCCUCUGUUGCAAAAUCAUCAGCUUCAUUAUCAAGUACUACUUCCGACACAACAAACACAACACCAAGAACCACCACCACCACAACAACAAGAACUUCAACCCGAAAACCAUUCAAGCCUCCUCUGAAGGAAAAUUAUGACAGCUGGAAUAAGAACUUUGGAAGUGGUUCAAAAAAGUCCUCUGUUGCCACAACAACACACGCCAGAGGUAAUGAUGAUCGGAGUACAGGUUUUGGAACAGGCUUCAAUAACAACAACAGCAGGACUAACAAUAAUCAUAGUACGACACAAACAAAAUCCAACAUCAAAGCUCAUAUCGAAAAUGAUAUUGAUGAUUCAUUGGAGGAUUUAGAUUUUGGUGAAGUUGAUGCUCCAACUGUUUAUUCAACAGGCGCUACAAGUCGAUUCUUCAAAGAUAGAAACACAAGUACUGUACAUAAUAAUAAGUCUACCACAGGCAUGAACUCUUCAACAUCUGUAAGAUCUGUUUUACCUUCCCAAAAUAGUAUUAACACCUUUGAAGAUGACGAAGUGGACGAUUUCGAUUUAAAUGAUUUGGAACUGCACAACGAUUCCUCUAACGUCACACAUUCAACGAAAAACUUUUUACUAAACAGACAGCAAACUGUCAGGCAAGCCAGAACCAAGUACGAACCUCCACCUCUUGAUCCCGAAGAAAAAGAGGAGCUCUAUGAUGAUGGUUUGCUUGAUAUGGAAGAAUAUGAGAACUUAAGCGUUCCUCAAACUUCAAAAAACCAUCCUCCACUUAUACAGCCAACAAACACCAAACAAGUAAUUUCAUCGGCGAAUAAUCAAAGUAGUAACAACAACUUCAAAAAUAUUAAUCCCUCGAAACCAACAUUAGAUCUCAUAAUAGAUGAUGAAGAGUUUGAGGAAGAAUUGCUGUCAAAAUCAUCCUCAAAAAACCUUCGAGAAGAGACUAAGAAAAUCGAAACUGCAUCUUCAGGUUUUCAGCCAGCAUCAAAAGUAUUACAAGCGUCAUCAACAACGCGUAAUAAUGUAAAGGUUGCACCUAAUCUAGAUCUUAGCCUUGAUAACUUGGAUGUCGAUUCUGACGAAGAUUUAAAGCUAGAAAGCCCUCCACCCUCUAAAGUCACAAACCAAUCCGUUUUCAGGGCUCCACCAUCUUCUUCAGCCAAUAAGCCCACAAGUAUGAGCCAAAAUUCUUUUACUCCUCCCUCAACAUCUUCAAAGCAGCCCUCAAAGGUCAAGAAAAUUAAUUUUGAUGACGAUGACGACGAAGAACCCAUCAAAGAAACGUACACUCCCAGACAACCCCAAACAUUUGUUCCUCCUCAACAAUUUAUCAGACCAUCUCCACCACAAUCAACCCCUCCAUCUCAUGAGAAAAGCCUUAGUACCAAAAAGUUUUCAGAGACUACCAAAUCAUCCCCAAGCAAAAAGUUCAAGCAAACACAGCUAAAUAUUGGUCAAAAACCAUCAACAUCUCCAUCUUCUUCAAACAUUUUUACGAACAAUGACAUACCAGUGCUUUCACUUGUGCAAAACGUCAAGAGAACAAAACACGAUAUCAUUUUCCCAGAUAUGGCCAUGAAUGAUUUAUUUGAACAAAGAAAUACCUAUCCUAAACGUUUCGUUGAAGUUCCUGACAAAUUUAGCAGCGUGGAAGAUUAUAAGGCAGUUUUUUUGGAUGCACUCUAUGAGGAAAUGAAUUUACAAAUGCUCAAUCUUGCAAUGAACUUUUAUAAGGCAUACAGAAAGAUUACACAAACCUCCUCGAAUAGCUUUACUCCCAAGCCCAAUAAUCCAUUAUGCCAUUGCAAAGUUCAAUCGAAAUUAGUAAUUGUAAAAAAAGAAGGCCCAAAUAAGGGAAAGCCAUUUUAUACCUGCGGCAAACAAAACAAAGCAGAGCAAUGUAAAUUCUUUGCUUGGGCAAACAAUGUUCAUCCAACUAUGGUUACGAACACAAAAAAUGGAUUUAUUGAAAACAAGACAGGUGAAUAUGACAGAAUGAUGUUCUUUAGAAGAAACGGAACUCAUUUUUAUUUUGGCUGUGAAGUUUUAAAACAAACAUUUGGCUCAGUCAGAAAAAAGAAUGCUGUUACACAAUGGUACCUUCAUAUUGACUCUCACAAGGAAAAAAGUUCCGUGUAUGCGAAAGAUGACAUUUGGAUUCUUUCUAAAAGCAAAGAUUUUCAAUAUAAGACUGGUAAUCUCGUGAUUGCAAAAAGUGUUUUCCAUGGACCUGACAAAGAUGGAAAGAUAGAGCUUCAGAUUGUAAGCGGAAUUCCUGAAAAUUUGGAGAAUGAAAGUAUUUAUGCUAUUAGAGGUCCAAAUUUUGCAUCUGAAUUUGAAAUGAUUGAAAAUUUGAAUGAACUAGAUCCGGUUAAGUUGCCUCUGCUAAGUGAAAUUCUAGGAACCACCGAAGAAGAGAGUUUGAAGAUCAUGAGAAAGAGACUGAAUACUAAAUUUAAGCCUACUGUGGCUUCCUCAUCAAAUAGCGAUACUACUACCUCAAGUGACGAAACCAAAAACACAGAAUCAGAUGAGCACCCCUCAAGUGCAGCCCCCUUUGAAAUUAACAUGGACAUGGAAGAAAUUCAAUCAAUAGCAAAGUCUUUUAUUUCUGAGUACAAGCUCAACGAAGAUCAAUCAAGCCUUAUUAUGAGAUGCGCUCAGUGGUUUUACAAAGGAGAUAUUUCAUCUCCAAUUUGUCUAGUCCAUGGAGUUUAUGGAUCAGGAAAAACUACUGCCUUAAUCGUACUGAUCUUAUUUAUUUGUAGAAUUUUAGAUGAGUCAGAAGAUCAAUCGAUCAGAAUAUUAGUAGCUUCUGGAACCAAUGUUGCUGUGGACAACAUUUUGGAAGGGCUUAUUACCGAAAAUUAUAAAAAUCUGGUGCGAGUUGGUAGUCAAAAGAAAAUUGCCAAAUCUGUCCUGCCUUACACGGUCAUAACUGAAACUACCUCAGUGAAAGAUCAAAUUAAGCUCUUGAAAGAAAUGCUGAACAAUGAAGACAUGGAUCCAGAGGAAGAGGCAGGAGUCAAACAAGCCAUUAAGGAUCUUCAAAAUGGUGCUCAUGAAAAUCGAAAACAAUCCGUCAAAGAUGCAAGAGUAGUUGGAGUUACAUGUGCAGCAACUGGUUUUGAAGUGUUGAAAGGUCAAAAAUUUUCUAUUCUCAUUUUGGACGAAAGUUCCCAGUGUCUUGAGCCAAGUGCUCUAUUACCGCUGACAAGAUUUGGAUGUAUGAAAUUUAUUGCAGUUGGAGAUCCAUUACAGCUUCCUCCAACACUCACUGGAACUAGAAGCGGAGAAAAUCCGGAACAUUCACUGGAAAAAACCAUUUUCAUUCGAUUAUCAAAUAUUGGGCAUGAGCCACUUUUGCUUAGGACGCAAUAUCGUUGUCAUCCUCAAAUAUCCAAAAUAACGAACGAGCUGUUCUAUCAAAAUAAGUUGGUUGACGGAAUUAAGGACUCAGACCGAGAACCAUUAAUUCCUGGAAUGCCUCCUGUGAUGGUUGUAGAUUGUGAAGAAGGUGUUGAAGUUUCUGAAAAUAACUCGGUCAAGAAUGACCUUGAAGCAGAUGUGAUUGUUCAUUUUAUCAAGUUAUUACUUCAGAACGGUAUUGCACAUCAAGAUAUUGGUGUGAUUGCUCUGUACAAAACACAAGAAACUUUCCUCAAGACGUCAUUUAUUAAGCACGAAUUGAAAGCAGUGAAAGUUAGCACCGUAGAUGCUUUCCAAGGAGGUGAGAGAAAUAUUGUUUUUGUGAGCACGUCAAGAACAAGUGAAUACGGCCUUGCAUUUAUUGAGCAAAAACAACGGCUUAAUGUUGCCUUGUCACGUGCAAGAAAUCAUCUAGUAAUUGUUGGUAAAAUGAGCACUCUGAUGAAAGGAGCUCUAUGGAGUAAGGUAAUCAACACAGCCAAAACUGUGAAAGGAGCAAUUUGGAAAAGCAGCGUUGUUUUAGCAAACACUGAUUUUGAUUUCCUGAGCAAAUUUAAAGAUUUUUAUCAUCCUGCCUUUCCUCCAAGUUCACCCAAGCCAAGAAUCAUGUUGGAUGACGACAAUGAUGAAUCCUCUAUAUUGGAUGAAGAAAUUUUACCAACAAGGAAUAAGCAUCUCGAAAAGCUUUCUAAAGUUACUCACAGAAGAUCUUCAGAAAUCUCCAACAAUACUGAUAACGACGAAGAAGAGUACAACUUUGAGGAUGAUAUGGAAGUUUCUGUAGUGGUACCCGAGGAUCAGAAAUUGACAAUCAAUGCUCCUCCUCCUAAAAAAUCUGAAGCUAUUGAGGAAGAAAAACUUGAAUAUCAUUUCAGUGACGAAGAAGAAAUUGAUUUUAACCAAGCAGAUGAAAUAAUGAAGGAGAUGGAACAAGAAUUCAAAGUCAAGAGAACUCUCUCUGACAUGAAAGAGAGUGACACGAAUAUUGAAGAGACAGCAGAGGAAAAUGUCACAAAGAAAACGAAAAUGGAUAGCGAUGCGACAAAGAAUUUCACACCAAAUGAAAAAUCUGAAAUGGAUGAAAUAGACAAUUUUAACCAAGUCGAAAAAACACCAAAUACUUCCACUUUCAAUGAUCCUUUGCAAACAUUGGAACCUAUCAACCUCACAUCACAACAUGCUCAAUCUAACCAUGGCACAGCAGAACAAUCACCCUCAAACAACAACCCACAACACAGUGCAGCAUCAAAUAAGGAAACACAAGAUGCUGCACAAUCAAAACCUCCAGAAACUUCUAAUAGUAUGGAUGAUGAUGAUUUGGCUUUUCUUGAUGAACUCGAAUAA